CUGGGAGGCAGCUGGCAGGCGCCAUGCGUCGUUUUUUGCCAGGCUCUGGUGGCCUCCGAGGAAGGAGGGUCGGCGGCGGGUGCUUGUUCCCCGCCGAGCCGCUUCCCACCUUUGCUGCUUAAAAACCCGGUUGCAGCAACAGGAGAAGACAGAUUUGUGUGUUGAGACGCCCCUGCCCACCUGCAGCUAUGGGGGUGCCCCCCCAACCACAAAAAGGAGCCCAGAAGAAGGAAGAGAGGAAACGAACCUUGCCUGCCUCCUCAACCCAGGAGGGACGGCCCAAGGAAAACAAGAGAGAGCCUGCCUCCUCAACCCAGGAGGGGCAGCCCAAAGAAAACAAGAGAGAGCCUGCCUCCACAACCCAUGUUGGGGGGCCCAUGGAAAACAAGAGAGAGCCUGCCUCCACAACCCAGGAGGGGGGCCCCAAGGAAAGCAAGAGGGAACCGCUGCCCAAACUGGAGCCUGCGGCAGCUGAGUAUUUCCGUCGGGCUCACGAGACGUUGAAAUCCGGGUUUGACUCUGAUGAGGAGAAAGCCCUCUUUGUCAGCAACGUCCUGGUGGAGGCGGAAUCCGUGGCCCUCCCUCUCGCCCUGGACACAGCCGGCUCUCUGCUCCUCCAGGCCCUCCUUCCUUCCGCCUCUGCGCCCAGCCUGAGCCGCCUGCUGCGGGCCUUCCUCCCUGCUCUGCGCCUGGCCGCCUGCCACCCCUGUGGGGCUCACAUCCUAGAGGCCGCCCUGCUCAGAGCCCCGGUCCUGAUGGCAGAGGGGGCAGAGGAUGCUGAGGUGCUGGAGGACCAGAUCCUGGAGCUGGCGAGGGCCGUGCAGGAAGAGCUGCCAACCUUUGCCCUGGACACCCACGCCAGCUUCGUGGUGCGGACGCUGCUGCAGGUUCUCGGAGGGGUCCGGGUCAGGUCGGACGGGGGACGGGGGCUCCCGGGGUCAGGGUCUUCUUUCUCCAGGGCCAAAAAGGCUAAACUGGAGAGCGAUGGGCCUUCGGAAUUUGAGGUCCCAGACACCUUCCAUUCCCUCCUGGGCGAAUUCAAAGGGAGCUUUCAGGAGCACAUUCCAAGUUUCAUCACCAACAAGUAUUUCAGCCUCUGCCUCCAGGUGGCGCUGGAGGUCCUGCACAGGAAGCUGCCAGAGGACUGCUCAGAGCUGUGCCACUCGAUGAUUGGCUACUUGAGCUCCCGCAAUGUGUCUCCUGGGCAGAGAUUAAUUGCGUUCACUAUGACUCAUCGCCGUACUUUGGAACGCCCCGAAUACCACCAUCUGGUAGGCAAGCCCAAAACCAAAAGUCCCGUUUGGAUGCAUUUUGGCUUGCCUGCUGACGAAAAUGACCGCCUGGUGGUUCAUAAUAUCGCCAUUUGUAAAAUAUGUUUGCACUCCGUAUCGGUGAAAGGCGGAAACACCACCAAUCUCACCAGCCACCUCAAGCUUCACCACCCCCAGAAGUUUAAGGAGCUGCCUUCUUCAUCGGCCGGCGUUUCCGUUUAUUCAUGUAACAAUGACGACGACCCUCCGGCCGCCGCCACCGCGGUCAGUGCCGCCGAGCCUGCCAAAACCGUUGCGGAAAUUCCUAGGAAACGGCAAAAAACGCUGUUGGAUUUUCAGCCGCUGGGUUUUGAGGCCCCCAGAUCCUGUAGCCAGGCCAUCACAGAGUACCUGGCUACGUGCAUGCAGUCUUACAACAUAGUAGACCACCCUAAAUUUAUCCAAAUGGUCAACACCCUGAACCCAAGAUACCAGUUGCCCAGUAGAAAAUACUUUGCGACCAAAGGCGUUCCGACGCUCUACAACGACACGGUGGAGAAAAUGAGGAGAGAAAUAGGUCGGGUGAAGGAGAGCGAGCUGGUGAUCACUACCGAUUGCUGGACAUCGGUAGGAGGCACCCCGUUUUUGGCCGUGACGGUACAUUUCAUUUCCGACGAGUGGCAGCUGGUCAACGCUUUCUUGGGCUGCAAGCACUUUCUGAAGGACCACACCUCCGACAACCUCUGCGAGAUGCUCGCCGACACGUUGUCCGAGUGGGACAUAGACGUGAAGAACAUAUUUUGCAGCACGACGGACGAUAACGGCGCCAUUCUUAAAGCGGUCCGGCAGCUGGGCUUAGAGUACAUCUCUUGCUUCGCCCAGAACAUCAACAUCGGCGUCGGCCGAGCUUUGAACCUGACGCCGCUGAGGAGGGCCAUCGUGAGGCUGAAAAGCCUGCAGAACACCAUUUGCCACAGCUGGAAGAUGAGGAGAGACCUCGGCAAAGCCCAGGAGCUGCUUCAGAUGGAGAAAGUCAGCUUGCCGAGCGCUUGCCCCACAAAAUGGUGGAGCGUCCUUAAGCUCUGCCGGAGGUUUCUCGAAAACCAGCUUCCGGUUUGCAAGAUGCUGAUGGAUUACCCGUCUAAAAAGCACUUGAUGUUGGAAGGGUGCGACGUCUCGGCCGUGCAGGACUUUGUCUCCGCAGCUACCCUGCUAGAGGACAUCACCACGACUCUCAGCGGGAGCAGCGUUGUUGUCACGGCUUCCUCUGUUCUGCCUCUCUAUAGGCAGAUUAAGAAGCGCCUCCAGCCCGAGGAGGGAGACAGCACGCUCUUGCAGGACAUCAAACAUGAAAUUUUGGGUGCGCUGUCGGAAAAGUACGAAAACGGGCCUAUGGUAACCACUUUGGGCCUGGCCUCGUUGUGCGACCCAAGGUUUCGCCUGCGUUUCUUGGAGGCCCCCGAGGCUGUCAGGCAGGAGGCCAUACAAAAGAUGGCCGACUUGCACGCCGGCAGCCUGUCUGCGGAGCCAGACGCUCCGCCUGACGCACCAAAAAAGGAAGGGUUGGCGAAAAUUUUCGAUUUGGAGGAAGAAGAGGACCUUUCGGGGGAUGGGUUUGAACCCCUGUCUGUCUUGAAAGCAGAAAAAGAGCUGAAAGGCUACAUGGCCAUGCCCAGAGUGAACUUUGACGAUUCCCCACUGAUGUGGUGGAAGACGAACGAGGCCUUCUUCCCGAUGUUGAAGGUGCUCGCAAAGAGGUUUUUGGCCAUCCCGGGGACGAGUGUGUCUUCCGAAAGCGUGUUCAGCACGGCUGGCAACGUUCUCCAGAAACAAAAGGCCUCUCUCUUGCCGGAGAACGCCGAAAUGCAAAUCUUCCUGGCAAAAAAUAUAAAUUUCGUUUGACGAG